AUGAACAAGCGCAUUGCCGCCCCAGACUUCACCAAGUCGGCUCCUAAGCGGAGUCGCUCAAGCACCUCUUCCGAGCACAGCAACAUUGACCUCCAAGGCACCUUCCAAGAAUCCGACGACCAGCCUCAAACCCAAGCUGACGACCUCCGUAGCGCGGGCUGCAUCGCAUCAAGGCGAGCCAAUAACCAAGCUACGUUCCAUGGACCGCCUUCGCAGUUCGCCGGCUUGGUCUCCUAUGGCUAUACUGCCCUAGUCGAUGCCGUCUUCAACUACGAGUUCAAGCGGAGACAUCCCAAGACUAACGAUGGUCCUGAUACCUGGCGACGUGCUUGCGUGCCAAUCCUAGCUUCUUUACCAGAUGGUGUUCUCCAAGGUAUCAUAGAUGGUGACCUAGCGAAGAAGUACCGUCAAGGAGAUGCAGACCUAGUCGAGCUAUACGGCUCCAACCGACCUAGUUCAAGCCAUAGUGAUGAAAGCCAUGAAACUUCCGACAUCAGCACCACAGCCUGGAUGGACAACGCAAGUAUUGUUGCGCCUGGCCACUAUGUCCGAUACUUUGUUUCACCUAUCACUGGCCUACCGCCGACAAUGUCCGAGCUUCUGGCCAUCAUCCAGACGCUCCAAGUAUACCUGGUAGAAUCUCCUAGCGACAUUGAGGUCGGAUUGGGAAUCGACAAUGCCAAGCGAAACGUCUCCGAUGAUUCUGACAUCCGAGCAGGCAAGCACAAGUUCCUGUGCUCCUCUUCACGCAACCCAUCUGAUGCGCGCCGUCGUAUCCUAGCGGAUUUCUGCCAAAUAGUCAAAGACCGUAUCAAGGCGGUGCCUAGCGAAUUCCUAGACCAUCGAGACUCCCGGGCCCUAGCAUAUGUCGGCUACGCGCUCAGGGUUUUGGAUCGUUUGCGCGAACACGGAGCAUCGGCCGAGAAAUCCAGCUUCAUUAUGCCCUUGCUCGAGAAUACGGCUAUCUACCUAGUCAUGCCUUACCGAUGGGAUAGCUUCCCAGUCAGCUUUGCGGUUAACGCAGACGAGGCCGCACUUGGAGAGAUGCUUAUCAAUGGCCUAUCCCUAGGAUAUACGGACUCUGGAUUCGGUGUCGCCGGGCAUCCCGCUGGUCUGAACGUUACCUCUACCGCCCAAGCCAAGCGCGAGCAUUGGGCCGACGCGCUCAGCUUUCGCUUCCGUUACACGUUCUACUCGAAUAACAUGAACUUGGAGAAAGAGCGAGUUUCCAAGAUAAUCACGGGUGAAAUCGCCAUCAAGGCGGCCCGUCUCAAAGAGGAAAAGGACCUUCAAGACAGCAUCAAAUCCAAGAUACCGGAUAUCACAGAGGCUCACAGAAGCCUCUCCACGUUUGAGUUUUCCGAGGAUGUGGAGACAUCCGAGACUGUGAAGCAGCUCUUCCGAGAGACCCAUCUGUUGCUCGCCCAGUAUGAAGGAGAGCUCAAGCACAGUAUGGAAGACCUCAAUGUCUCGUAA